AUGGCUUCCAAUUCAAGCUCAGAAAGAGUGGCGGUGGUUAUCUGCACCGGCUCUUACCACACACCUGCUCCAUACGAGCCCUUCAUGAAGGCCCUGGCCUCGUCCGGACUCUUCGAGACCUACUGUCCCCAGCGGCCGACAUGCGAUCUCAACAAGCUGAAUGUAGGGGACAUCGACCAUCCGGACUUCGAUCGUGGUCCGCCCCCCGAAGGCUACCCAACCGAUCUCGACGACGUGGCGGUUGUUCACCAGCUGCUGGAACGGCUCGUCGUCCGCGAAGGAAAGCCCGUCAUCCUCCUAGGCCAUUCGUCGGGCGGUGUCAUUGCAACGCAAGCUGCCAUCCCCCAACUCCUGUACAAGACCCGCCAGGCUCAGGGUCAUCGAGGAGGUGUGAUUGGCCUCUUUUACGUGGGUGGGUUCCUUGUUCCCAUGGGCGAGUCGGUCCAUAGCUUCUUUCAGCCGAAAGAUGGGACUCAGAUUAUCCCGCCGUUUGUGCGUAUGCAUGAAUCCGGCCUUAUGACAACGGUCGACGCCCCCACGUACAUGUUCAACGGCAUCGAGACCAACGAGGCCGAGAAAUGGGCCGCCACGCUGACGGCGUCGCCACUCAACACCGGCGUGUUAAGCAACGACGGAUACUCCGCCGUUCCUUGUGCGUAUGUGGUGCUCGACGAGGACGCAUGCUUGCCACAGAUGUAUCAAGAGAAUAUGAUUGCGCUGCAAAGCCAGCGAGGGAAUGUCUUCACAGUCUACCAUGCCCCGUCGGGCCACUCGCCGCAUCUGAGCUGGACAGAGCCGUUGGUCGAUAAGGUGGGCCAGUUCCUGCAUCAGGUUUGUGGGUGGAAUGGCGGUUCCCUUGGAUGA